CAUUUGAUCAUGCGUGUGAUUCUACAUGCUUGAGGUAUCUUGUUUACGUCAGUACACUAUUCAAUAAAUUUGAAUUUAAAACAACGGCCAUUUUGGUGUGCAAUUACGGCUAGGGAAAUGAAGUUUUCAAUAUUUGUAUUCGCUCUCCUUUUUGUCAAAGACAUUACGUUGAUUCUCGGCGUCGUUUCAAAAGAGGAAGACGUUAUAGAAAAGGCAAAGAAAGCAAAAGAUGAAUACAAGAAAGGAGAGGGAUUAACAAGAUUGAAAGACAAAAUUCCAAAAGAAAAUACGAUGGGACUGAUAUUCACAUGGAUAAGAGACGAAAGAAUAUGCCUCCGUAGAGGAACUGAAGCUAAGAAUGCAUGCUAUGCUCUAAGUGACUUUGAACUGCCAACAAGCACUGAACGCAUGUUUUGGUUCCUGAUGCCAUAUCAAAGAGCUACCGACACUACUGACAAUUGGUACGAAAGACUGUAUAACUCUGUUGCAAAGAUUCUUUUAACUGAGAAGGAAGACGAAGCGCCGAUAUUACUUGCCAAGGGUGGGGGAAUUAGUGGAAAAGAAAGAUACAAGGCUCUUGAAAUAGGAAUUGGAGAGGGAUAUACAUUUAUGAAGAGCACAGUAAAUGGAGAGCAAAUUGGCCCAAAAAUGAAAUUGAAUGUAAAGGAAUCUUUUAAAGAUCUUGAAGAUGCAGUUGAUAAGGUGCUUGACAUGAUAAUAGCGGCUUAUGAAGUUGAUUUGAAGAAAGGCGUUGACCUCAAGAAAUAGAAGAGACUGUUCGUGUCAACUCUCAGAUAUUGUAUAUAUGAGAUCUUAAUAAAACAAAAAAUUAAAAUAAAACCAUACCAAGAGCUAAAAGAAA